GCCAGGCCGCAGGUGCCGCCCCCAACACACCGUGUCCCGCCCAAGCCGAUCCGCGUCUGCCGUCUGUCGGUGCGUGCGUGAGCUUCGUCGGUCCGCGUGUGUCUGGCCGAGCGCCCCCUUCCUCUGCGGCCAUGACUCCGCCGCCACCCCAGCCACCGCCCCCAGGCCCGAACCCCACAGCAGACUCCGCUGCCGACCCCCGACCCGGGCCUGGACCCCUAGUCGUACUGUUCGGGGCUACGGCCGGUGCGCUGGGGCCAGACCUGGGCUCUGAUGAGACCGACUUAAUCCUCUUAGUCUGGCAAGUGGUGGAGCCGCGGAGCCGCCAGGUGGGGACAUUACAUAAAUCACUGGUUCGCGCCGAGGUGGCCGCACUGAGCCCGCAGUGCCGCGAGGCGAGCGGCCUGAGCGCCGACAGCCUGGCGCGGGCCGAGCCGCUGGACAAGGUGCUGCAGCAGUUCUCACAGCUGGUGAGAGGGGAUGUGGCUCUGCUGGGCGGGGGCCCCUACAUGCUCUGCACUGAUGGACAGCAGCUGCUACGACAGGUCCUGCACCCUGAGGCCUCCAGGAAGAACCUGGUGCUCCCCGACACCUUCUUCUCCUUCUACGACCUCCGCAGAGAGUUCCACAUGCAGCACCCGAGCACCCGCCCUGCGAGGGACCUCACCGUGGCCACCAUGGCACAGGACUUGGGGCUGGAGACAGAUGCCACAGAGGACGAUUUUGGGGUGUGGGAGGUGAAGACAAUGGUAGCUGUCAUCCUCCAUCUGCUUGAAGGGCCCAGUGGUCAAUUGUUUUCGAAGCCCGAAGUGGUAAAGCAGAAAUAUGAGACAGGGCCUUGUAGCAAGGCCGAUGUGGUGGACAGUGAGACUGUGGUUCGAGCCCGUGGGCUGCCCUGGCAGUCAUCAGACCAGGAUGUGGCCAGAUUCUUCAAAGGGCUCAAUAUUGCCAGGGGUGGUGUAGCCCUAUGCCUCAACGCUCAGGGCCGCAGAAACGGUGAGGCUCUCAUCCGCUUUGUGGACAGCGAGCAGCGGGACCUAGCGCUGCAGAGACACAAGCACCACAUGGGUGUCCGCUAUAUCGAGGUAUAUAAAGCAACAGGAGAGGAGUUUGUAAAGAUUGCAGGGGGCACAUCACUAGAGGUGGCUCGUUUCCUGUCACGGGAAGACCAAGUGAUCCUGCGGCUGCGGGGACUGCCCUUCUCGGCUGGGCCAGCAGACGUGCUAGGCUUCCUGGGGCCAGAGUGCCCAGUGACUGGGGGUGCCGAUGGGCUGCUUUUUGUGCGCCACCCUGACGGCCGACCCACUGGUGAUGCCUUUGCACUCUUUGCCUGUGAGGAGCUGGCACAGGCUGCACUACGCAGGCAUAAAGGCAUGCUGGGUAAGCGAUACAUUGAACUCUUCCGGAGCACUGCAGCCGAGGUGCAGCAGGUCCUGAACCGCUACGCCUCCAGCCCACUCCUUCCCACACUGACUGCUCCACUGCUGCCCAUCCCCUUCCCGCUGGCAGCUGGGACUGGGAGAGACUGUGUACGCCUUCGAGGCCUGCCCUACACAGCCACCAUCGAAGACAUCCUGAGCUUUCUGGGGGAGGCAGCGGCUGACAUUCGGCCCCAUGGUGUGCACAUGGUACUCAACCAGCAGGGCCGGCCUUCGGGUGAUGCCUUCAUCCAGAUGACAUCAGCAGAGCGGGCCCUUGCUGCUGCUCAGCGUUGCCAUAAGAAAGCAAUGAAGGAACGCUACGUGGAGGUGGUGCCCUGCUCCACGGAGGAGAUGAGCCGUGUUCUGAUGGGGGGCACGUUGGGCCGCAGUGGCAUGUCGCCUCCACCCUGCAAGCUGCCCUGCCUCUCACCGCCUGCCUACGCCACCUUCCAGGCCACCCCAACACUCAUUCCCACUGAGACAGCAGCUCUGUAUCCCUCUUCAGCGCUGCUCUCGGCUGCCAGGGUGCCCGCCACCCCCACCCCAGUUGCCUACUACCCAGGGCCAGCCACUCAACUCUACAUGAACUACACAGCUUACUACCCCAGCCCCCCAGUCUCCCCAACCACUGUGGGCUACCUCACCACACCCCCUGCUGCCCUGGCCUCUGCUCCCACUUCAGUGUUGUCCCAGCCAGGAGCCCUGGUCCGUAUGCAGGGUGUCCCAUACACAGCUGGCAUGAAGGAUCUGCUCAGCGUCUUCCAGGCCUACCAGCUAGCUCCCGAUGACUACACCAGUCUGAUGCCUGUUGGUGACCCAUCUCGCGCUAUGCUACAGGCUCCCAAAGAAUGGGUGUGUUUAUAGGUGAGGGAGCCAGGAGGUAAGAGCUGGCUGAUGUCCUCAGCUAAUAGGUCUCUCCUGCAUCCAGAGAACCAGAACCCUCAACCCAGUGGCUUCUCUCUGGCUUGUCAAAAUUCUCAGAAGGUACCCAGAGGAGUUCAAGCCUCGGCUCCAUCCCCCACCUACUGCUCUGCCUGUUCACCCCAAAGAUGAUGGCUGGACCCUGCAUGCAGGGCUGGGGGUGAAAUGGCAUUACCCUGCCCCCAGUGGUCUGAUCUGGGCCUCUUAAGUAGCACUCGAAGAGCCUUUGGUCUAUUCUAGCCAUGGCCCAUACCUACAGAUUUUGUAGGGCUAAGAUCCACAGCAGGCUUGCUUUUAAAAACGUGAGCACUGGUGCCUUCAACAUAUGAUUCCAGGGAGCUUCUGAGUAAAGAUCCCAACGUUCUACCUUCCCCUUCUGGUGGGGGUCAGGGAGGCAGAGAGCGCUGGCCUCAGCCCCCAGGAUACUUGGACCUCAGUGGCCACACUGUGUCAGGGGUGGUCCCACCUAAGGAUGUUUGCACAGGAAUAUCAGAUGGGAAAAUCACAGCCUGUUUGGAUGGACUGUACUGCCGUAUCCUCAGAGGACACUAGGGGGCAAGAGGCCCUCACAGAAAAACUCAGGCUUGACUUUUAAAAGGGACUUUCUGCCCAAUUUUCAUGCACACCUUGGGCAGGCCAGUCAUCCUGAACUCAGCAGACACCUUGGAAUGUCCUUUGCGCCCAUUCAAGGGUGCAGAACUGAAGCUUCAGAAGGAAUUUGGAACUCUACCCUCUUCUCCAUAAAAUAAACAAAGGUUCCUAACCAAGUGGACUUUUUAAAAGCCAAAGUGCCCUUCACUUUGGCUCAGACUGAGGGGCACCAGCCCCAAACAGGAAAACUCAGGCAGAUUUCAAGGAGACUGUUGACCUAUCACCAUUUAUUAUUUCAGCACUGUAACUGAGGAGCCUGAAUUGCUGGCUCUUCUUCCCUUUGCAUUUGUGUAAGGAGCACUGUACUCCUAUAAAAGGUUUUAAGAUACAAAAUGUACAAGA